CUGUCCACAUGGACAGUCGUGAGGGCCUCCGCUGAUGCAUUCACGGCUGGGCGGGGUGGGCGGACGGCCUUAGCGGCGGCGGCUGCCGAAGAAGCGAGUGAUCCGGAGGCGCCUGACGGUCGCGGAGACCUAGCCGCCCCGGCGCGGCGGGUGCGGCCAUUUUACGGCCUGGGACGGAGGGAGGCGUGUUUGAGUGCUCGCCUUCCUUCUCCCUUCCUGGGGGCCCGCGGCUGAGCGAAGCGUCCCUGGCGGCCUGGGUGGGCGGUGGAUGGGGAGUCGUGAGCCGAGAGGAACUAGGCCCGGGAAGCGCCGUCGCCGUCGUCGCCGCUCACGUUCCCCCGGAGGAGCCUGAGGAAAAGCCCAGGCCGCGGGCCUCGCUAUCGCCCGUCAGCCUGCGGAUAGGCCCGGGCGCGCCUGGCCUGCUUUUGUGUAGGCCCGUUUGGAGGUGGGAGCGCCGCCUGCCUGCCGGCUGAGCCCGAAGCCCGCAACCCUGCGGCGGCUACCCUCCUACGGCGCGGCCCCUCAUCCCGGCGAGCACGGCGGCGGUGUGGGCCAUGGAUUAAGAAGGAGGCGGCGUGGGAGGAGGAAGAUGGCGGCCGGCAAGAGCGGCGGCAGCGCUGGGGAGAUUACUUUUUUGGAAGCUUUGGCUAGAUCAGAGUCUAAGAGAGAUGGAGGUUUUAAAAAUAAUUGGAGCUUUGAUCAUGAAGAAGAAAGUGAAGGAGAUACAGAUAAAGAUCGGGCAAAUCUACUCAGUGUAGAAGAAGAUGAGGAUUCUGAAACCUCAAAAGGAAAAAAGUUAAAUCGACCAUCUGAAACUGUUGCUGCUAGUUCUGAUGAUUUCAUCUUGAAGACAUAUGUAAGACGAAAUAAGACUGAAAGUUUUAAAACUUUGAAAGGCAACCCAAUUGGACUUAACAUGUUGAACAACAAUAAGAAAUUGAGUGAAAAUACACAAAAUGCAUCAUUAUGUUCUGGAACUGUAGUUCAUGGUAGACGUUUUCAUCAUGCUCAUGCACAGAUACCAGUAGUAAAAACAGCAGCCCAAAGCAAUCCGGACCGAAAAGAAAGGAAAGAAUAUCCACCUCAUGUCCAAAAAGUUGAAAUUAAUCCUGUAAGGUUAAGUCGGCCCCAAGGUGUUGAACGUAUAAUGAAGAAAACAGAAGAGUCUGAAUCACAAGUAGAACCUGAAAUUAAGAGAAAAGUCCAACAGAAACGGCACUGUAGUACAUACCAGUCUACUUCUCUGUCUCCUGCUUCAAAAAAAUGUUUAACCCAUUUAGAGGUUUCUGAACAGCGUGAAUGUUGCCCAAAAUGUGGAAAAGAGAAAGAAAAUCAGUCCAAAUGCCAAAGUUGUGGUAUUAGUUUUCGUAAUGAUUUACAAAGAAACUGCAGACAAGCUAUAACUUUAAAUGAACCUACUGGACCAUUAUUAAGAACGUCAAUACAUCAGAAUUCUGGAGGACAGAAGUCACAAAACAUAGGAUUAACAACCAAGAAGUUUUAUGGUAACAGUGUGGAAAAAGUUCCAAUUGAUAUUAUUGUGAAUUGUGAUGAUAGUAGAAAUAAUUAUUUACAGACUAAUGGAAAAGUCAUUUUACCUGGGACAAAAAUACCCAAAAUCACAAACUUGAAAGAAAGAAAAACAAGCCUGUCAGACCUAAAUGACCCAAUCAUUUUGUCCAGUGAUGAUGAUGAUGACAAUGACAAGAAUAACAGAAGAGAGAGCAUAUCUCCUCAACCUGCUGACUCAGCAUGUUCUUCCCCUGUACCAUCCACUGGAAAAGUAGAAGCAGCACUAAAUGAAAAUAUCUGCAGAGCAGAGCAUGAACUAAGAAGCAUUCCAACAGAAUCAGAAUUGAAUACAGUUACAUUGCCAAGAAAAGCAAGAAUGAAAGAUCAGUUUGGCAAUUCUAUCAUCAGCACACCUCUAAAGCGUCGUAAAGUGGCUUCUCAAGAAACUUUAGUUAAUUCUUUAUCUUUAAGCUGCCAAAGUUCGUUUGAAAGUGUCAUUUUAAAUUGUCGAAGUAUACGAGUAGGAACACUGUUCCGACUAUUAAUAGAGCCUGUUAUUUUUUGUUUAGAUUUUAUCAAGAUACAUCUAGAUGAACCAGAAAGUGAUCCUGUAGAGAUUAUUUUAAAUACCUCUGAUCUAACUAAAUGUGAAUGGUGUAAUGUACGAAAAUUACCAGUCGUGUUUCUUCAGGCAAUACCAACAAUUUAUCAAAAACUGAGCAUGCAAUUGCAAAUGAAUAAGGAGGAUAAAAUUCGGAAUGAUUGUAAAGGAAUAAAUAAGUUAUCAAAUUCGGAGGAACAAUACAUAAUUUUAAUUUUUCAAAAUGGCCUUGAUCCUCAGGCAAAUAUGGUAUUUGAAAGCAUCAUUACUGACAUUGGUAUAAAAAAUAAUGUUCCCAAUUUUUUUGCAAAAAUUCCCUUCGACGAAGCCAAUAGCAGACUUGUUGCCUGCACCCGAAGCUAUGAAGAGAGCAUCAAAGGAAGUUGUGUGCAAAAAGAAAAUAAAGUUAAAACUGUAUCAUUUGAAUCCAAAAUACAGCUUAGAAACAAACAGGAAUUCCAGUUUUUUGAUGAUGAUGAAGAAACCGCAGAGAGCCAUACCAUCUUCAUUGGACCUGUAGAAAAAUUGAUCGUAUAUCCACCACCUCCAGCUAAGGGAGGCAUCUCUGUUACUAAUGAGGACCUGCACUGUCUAAGUGAAGGAGAAUUUUUAAAUGAUGUUAUUAUAGACUUUUAUUUGAAAUAUUUGGUGCUUGAAAAACUGAAAAAAGAAGAAGCUGACCGAAUUCAUAUAUUCAGUUCUUUUUUCUAUAAACGCCUUAAUCAGAGAGAGAGGAGAAAUCAUGAAACAACCAAUCUGUCAAUACAACAAAAACGGCAUGGGAGAGUAAAAACAUGGACCCGGCAUGUAGAUAUUUUUGAGAAGGAUUUUAUUUUUGUACCCCUUAAUGAAGCCGCACACUGGUUUUUGGCUGUUGUGUGUUUCCCUGGUUUGGAAAAACCAAAGUAUGAACCUAAUCCUCAUUACCAUGAAAAUGCAGUCAUACAAAAAAGUUCAACUAUAGAAGAUAGUUGUAUUUCUUCUCCUUCUGCCAGUGAAAUGGACAGUUGUUCACAAAACUCUUCUGCCAAGCCUGUAAUUAAGAAGAUGCUAAAUAAAAAACAUUGCCUAGCUGUAACUGAUUCAAGUGCUGGACAGGAAGAAAGUGACCCUUGUUAUCGGAGAAACAUAUGCAGUGUGAAAUGUAGUGUGAAAAAAAUAAAUCAUACUGCAAGUGAAAAUGAAGAAUCCAAUAAAGGAGAAUCUGCAUGCCAGAAAGUAGUUGAUAGGACUAAAAAUGAGAAUGGCCUACAGAAUGAAUGUUUGAGUUCUGUGCAUCAUCCAGAUGGCUUAAGCAAAAUCAGACUAAGCUAUGGUGAUGAAUCAGCUGAAGGUAGUAAAAUGCUUGAAGAUGAACUAAUUGACUUCUCAGAAGAUCAAGAUAAUCAGGAUGAUAGCAGUGAUGAUGGAUUCCUUGCUGAUGACAAUUGCAAUUCAGAAAUAGGACAGUGGCAUUUAAAGCCUACUAUCUGUAAACAACCUUGUAUCCUACUUAUGGAUUCACUCAGAGGCCCUUCUCGGUCAAAUGUUGUCAAAAUUCUAAGAGAGUAUUUAGAAGUGGAAUGGGAAGUUAAAAAAGGAAGCAAAAGAAGUUUUUCUAAAGAUGUUAUGAAAGGCUCUAAUCCAAAAGUACCACAGCAAAACAACUUUAGUGAUUGUGGUGUAUAUGUAUUACAGUAUGUAGAGAGCUUUUUCGAGAAUCCCAUACUAAAUUUUGAGCUACCUAUGAAUUUAUCAAACUGGUUUCCUCCCCCAAGAAUGAGAACAAAAAGAGAAGAAAUUCGAAAUAUAAUUCUGAAGCUGCAAGAAGAUCAGAGUAAAGAGAAGAAACAGCCUAAGGACAGUUCCUCAACAGAAGCAUCUUUAGGUGAAAGAACAGAACAGUAUGUCAACAGUGUCUCAGAUUGACCAGAAGACAAUUGUUGCUUGUGGCUUUCAGAAAUAAAAUGACUUUCAAUUUUGGGGACAGACAGUAAAGAACUGAAGUACUCACUACUCAGAGUGAUUUGGAGAUGUUAAUGCUUGUAUAAAUGUCAUAUAAUUAAUUUCCAAAGGAGUAUGUAUUAAGUAAAAGUCUGUAAAUAUGUUAAUGAAGCCAAUUUUUCCAGCAUUUAUAAUUAUUUUUUUCACUUGUUAGGAAGCUUUUGUUAUGUAUUUUCUGUUAAUAGUACUUAAAACUGCAACUUCUAAACACAAAAUAAAUAAAAAAAUAUUUAUAGGAGGAAAUGA